UAAUUUAUUGUUGGCCAAAUCUGCUAUUUGAGUUUAAAACAAAACAAUCAUUAUUUAUUUAUUUUAAAAACUUGCCAUUUGGUGCUGUAAGCACUGUAUGUGUAACACUAACAAAUCUUGUACUACAUUCUAAUAGAUUAUUAAAUUUUUAAAUUUGUCCCUCCUUCUCCUCCACCUUUUUACACUCCUUUUUUUUUGGAAGAUACAUACUUGUUUAAAAUGGGAGCCAAAGUAGUUGAUUAUAGAGUAUCCACGUUAGUUGUAUUAUGUAAAGACUGUGGAAACGAUGUAGGUCUUUAUCCUGCACGUCAUAAGUGUCGGCCAGUCGAUAGACCAGCGAUGCCUUCACUUCCUAUUCAAUAUAAUAAUAAUAAUACGAUCUCUACUACAGAAUCAUCUAAAGCAACAUUAUUAAAUCAAUCGCCAUCAGUUGAAUCACCGUCCACUACAAAGUCAACUCAACUCGAUAAAUCAGAACAAGAAGAUUCAGUUUAUUAUAACAAUUUUGCUGCUCAUUUACCAGAAUCAACUGACUCGAAUGGUAAAAAAUUAUGGGGAAAAAUAAAGCAGAAUGAAAAAUGGAAGCAGCUGAAUGAAAAGACUAAAGACGAUAGAACGAAACAAUCGGGUAAACUAUGGGGUAAACUACUUCAAGCAACACAAACUAUGGCUGAGAAGAUCCCAAGCCGUGAAGACCGUGGAGCAGAGUCAGAUGAAGAUGAUUGGGAAGGCGAAACACAUGUGUCAAGGAUUCUUCGAGACUAUUAUGAAAGAAAACGUAUGCGUUUGCCUGAAUGGUUAUUAGUAGAUAAUACUAUUCAAAAAUAUCAUACGCAAAGUGAUAUAUCUGAGUCAUCGUCUACAAGUGUAGGAAGGACGCCUUCUAGAAGGAGAUUAUGGGAACAAGAUCCUAACAAACUUUCAAGUAGAGAAAGAGAAAGACAAGAAUUACGUCAAAAACUACCUAUAGCUAAUUCUGAGAAUAGCGGAUACAAAGAAAAGGCUGCUAGGGAAGAAUAUAAUUAUAAUAUUGAUCAGCAGCAUAACUAUAGAAAAGAAAACGAAAGAAGCGAUUAUUAUAAUUCAUCAAGUAAAGACAAUAGAAUCAGCGAUGAACGAGCUACUCGAAAUAUAUACCAUGAUAACAUGAAUUAUAAUUAUCAGCAACAGCAUUUAAAUAGUAUUUAUAAGAGAAAUAAUGAUGAUCGAGAUUAUUCACCAAGAGUUUAUGAUCCUACGCGGUCAGAUAAUCGAUAUGAUCAACAUCAGCAUAAUUCGGCUAGUUAUUAUAAGAGCAACUCAAGACACCAGCAAGCGAUCAUGACUUCAAGAGAACAAGCUGCUCAAUAUCAUAAUGGCCUGCUAAGUAUUACUAAUGGCAGAAGAAGAGAACCUAAUAUUGAAAAAGAGGAAGGCUAUCAUUAUAGUAAUUCUGGAUAUUUUUAAUUAUACAUCUAUAUAGCAAUAUUAUCUAUUAUAUACCGUCUUAAUAUAUUUAUAUACAUUUAUAUACAUAUAUAUUUGUUUUUUGUGUACUUUAUAUUAAUAUUCAAUUAUAUGAAUUAAUAAAAAUAAAAUCUUUUCAAAUCCGU